UUCCCCAUGAGCCGCUGAGCCGUUGACACGGUUUCCACCCAGAACGGAAUAAAUAUCUCGAAACGCAGUUCGAAUCGCUUCCUUAUCAGACGCUCGCGACGUGACUUAAAUCCAAGUGACGUGUUUUGGGGUCCAGAACGUCUUGGGAAUCACAAUCGCGAAUCGGGGGCCCUCCAAGUGUGUUUGUUCUGAGCAGCUCUCACAUAUAUUCAGGAACAAAGAACAGUGCAAUGGGUGGCGGAAAGUACAUCUGCCUGCUGGGUCUCAUAAUAGGAGCAUCUUUACUGCCCUCAAUUAGCAACGCUGCCAGAUUUAAUUUUCCAAGCCCUAACAACAAUUUGGGGCAAAAUGUUAAAUCGUACUUAAAUAGCCUUCCAUCUUCUAAAUGGAUUGAGCUUGUUAACUCAGGACUGGAUUCAAUCAACAGACAAAAAAGACUGGAAGACAAUUUGCUGAAUUCUGAUAUUACUGUCAAAAAUGGCAGUCUUUCGCACACCCAACUUUUGGACACACUACCUAAUACUGAAUCCAAGAAGGACAGUGAAAUAGCUGUCAAGAUUUUAAAGUCCAGCUUGUUUGUGUACAACAGCCAGUGCCUGCCCCAUGACAUUAAUGAGGAGCAGUGUCGCAUCUACUUGGAGCAGAAGCCUCUUCCCGAAAGGACUAGUCUUCGCAGCGAUUGCCAAAAACUGCUAAAUGGCAACCGUGAGGGACAUCAUGCUUACAGAAGACUAUUGGAGCCUUAUUACAAGGAUGGUUUCCAUCGGAUGUUCCCGGAGACUCGAUCGUUUCCAGGACCAUGGUACGUCAGUAGGGCCCUAUAUGAUCCGGACACGACCCAAAAUGCUCAACUGGUACAAUCCUUUGAAAAAUUGCAACUUAAUUUAGGAUUCGCACAAUGGGCUCAGUUUGUGGAGCACGAUCUAAGCAAACCCGUAUCCCAGUCGAUGAGCAACGGAUCGCCGAUAGAGUGCUGCAGCCGUGACCAGAACAACCUUCAGCCCCGGCAUCAACACCCAGCAUGCGCCCCAAUCAUCUACCAGCCCAGUGGGAAAUACGACGUGCCCAGCUGCCUUAAUUAUGUGAGAAGUGCACUGGCCGUGGCCGACUGCAAUUUUGGUGCUGCAGAGCAGCUCAACCAAGCCACUAGCUCAUUGGAUCUGUCCCAACUGUACGGCUUCACCACGGCAGCCCAGCAUAAGAUGAGGGUCUUCCAGGAUGGUCUUCUCAAGUCCACACCCAGCGACUUCAAGAACAAUGCUCUGUUGCCCAUGACUUCGGACACGAAAGAUGUGGAGAACUCCUUCUGCGCCUGGGGAGCCUCUAGCAACUCCACCUGCUUUGCAGCUGGCGACUCCCGGGUCAAUAGCAGCCCCUUCUCCAUCGUUAUCUACACCAUCUUCAUGCGCAACCACAAUCGUCUGGCAAGGGAACUGAAGGAGAGGAAGCCACGUUGGAGCGAUGAACGCCUCUACCAGGCCGCCAAGGCGGUCAAUGUGGACAUCUAUAGGCGGGUGGUAAUGGAGGAGUGGCUGCCAGAGGUUCUUGGCCAGACCCAGGCCAACGAGGUGCUCGACACCAAGCCUUCCCGGGAAACCCCCAAGGAGAUCUCCAACGAAUUUGGUGCGGCCGCCAUCAGGUUCUAUUACUCAUUGCUGCCCAAUGAGCUCCGCAAUCGCAGUAGUGAUAACUACAAUGAUCUCUUUGAAGAACAUGGUCAGACCAAUCUGUUUGUGCUGAAAAACGAAAUCUACAAACCUCAUCUGGAGUAUACAACCCACAAGUUAAACGAGAUCCUGGAGAGCUUGCUCCAUCAGAGAGCCAUGCAAAUGGAUGCAGCCUACGCCGAGAGUGUUGUUUGGCCAAAGAACACAAAGCCCACGCAUGCCGAUAUCCUAGCUUUCGAUAUCCAGAGGGGCAGGGAUCAUGGAGUGCAGCCCUAUUACAAAUAUAUGGAAGUUUGCAACGGUAUUGAUCUUGUGGAUGAUUGGAGUGACUUUGCGAGGUUCAUACCUAAAGAGACCUUGGACAAGCUAAAAACUAUUUAUUCAAGCUGGAAGGAUGUCGACCUAAUUGUGGGUGGCAUUUCCGAGACUCCUGUCAAUGGAGCUUUGGGACCCACUUUCAACUGCGUUUUGGCUGAACAAUUCCGGAAUGUGCACCUUCAACACCGACGCAAUCCUUUCCACGAGCAUUCCUCCCUAUUGUCGGAGUAUUUGCAUUUUAAUGGCACAAAGCUACUUUGCCUGAACUCUGAUUUGAGGUCGGCCUCGCAGAAUAUCUUCAAGUUGCCAUCGGCCAGCAAUCUGCUAGUCAAUUGUGACGAUUUGGUGUAAAGGCUGAUGCCUAGCGGGCGUAAGGCGUAUAUAGUACUCAUAAACCGAUUUUAGAUUAUGUUCCUAAGCCAAAAAACUAAAAAACUUUAAUUUUAUGAUCAAUAAAUACCUCAAGGAAAUUGCAA